CUGCCUCCUACACAACACAGUCAUUUCGGGCUGACACUAGGCUGACUGCCGACCGUGGACAGAGAACAUACAGAAAGAACAAUAAAUUAGCCCACUGUCUAGACUACAGCGUGUCAUAAUUUGCCCUGCGUAUAGGCUACAGGAUGGAGGUCCAGAGUAUGAAAUAGAGACUAACCGAGUAGCAUAUCUAAACCGAUGAUGAGCGGGGUUACUUCGGGCACAGGGUCGGCUUCGUGCCGCUUCGCCCACUACUUCGUGGUGUGUGGAUUGGACACGGAGACUGGUCUAGAACCCGAAGAAUUAGCAGGUGAGAGCUUUGAGCAGAGCCCCCUACGGAGGUCCUUCAAGUCCAAGGUUCUGGCCCACUACCCUGAGAGCACAGACAGGAGUCCCUUCAACAGAGAUGCAGUCAACAUGCUCUGCAUGCCGCACGGCCUGUCGUUCCGUAGUCAGGCGGACGGCCGCGAGCACCACUUCCACUCCUUCACGGUCGCCCAGGACGACGGCACGCGCUCCUACGGCUUCGUGCACACGUACUACGAAGCAGUGACGAGUGCCCAGAUCACCACGGCGAUGCAGACCCUUCAUCAGAUGCACCAUGUGGAGCACUACUCCACCUCCUCUUUGUCAUCUUCCUCCGCCUCCUCCCCCUCCACAUCCAGCAUGGACUCUCUGGUGAGCAGCCUGGAUGAGUUGGAUGCCGACUCCCUGGCAGCGCGCCCCCUGUCGGCUUGUUUGGGCUGCGCGGCGGGCUCCUUCCAGCCGGCCCGGGACACCCUGUAUGCCUCCAAGGCCCUCUGCCUCCUCACGCCCCUCCCCUUCCUGCACGCCGCCCGCCACUUCCUGUCCCAAUUGCACCAGGCGGUGACAUCGCACGCGGCCCCGCCACUGCCGCUGGAGAGCUACAUCCACAACAUCCUGUACGAGGUGCCCGUGCCGCCGCCCGGUCGUUCGCUCCGGUUCCACGGGGUCCAGGGGCCUAUCGUGUGCCAGCAGCCCGGCCCUGAGGAGCUCCCGCUCGGGGACUACCCACUGGGAGAGGCCUUCUCCCUGCUGGGGGUGGAGAACAUGGUGAGGCUGCUCACCUCCGUGCUGCUGGAGACCCAGGUCCUGCUCUACUCACAGGACUACCAGCGGUUGAUGACGGUGGCAGAGGGCAUCACCAACCUACUGUUUCCAUUCCAGUGGCAGCACGUCUACCUACCCAUCUUGCCCGUGCCCCUGCACCAUCUCCUGGAUGCCCCCGUGCCCUUCUUGAUGGGCAUCCAACGGAAGGAUUGCUCCCAAUGCUCCACUUUGGAUCUGUCCCAUGAGGCCAACCUGUGCUUUGUGGACAUAGACAACCACCGCGUGGAUCCACCCGAGGACCUGCCCCUCUUCCCAGACCAGCCCGAGCUCAUCCUCGAGCUGAACGAGGUGCUGCUGCGUUUCGGCCUCCAGCCACAUGGUGGCGCCACCACCACCAACCCCGCCCCUGCCACUCCCCUCUGCCUCAGCAGCCUCGUCCUGGAGGACCUGAUGGAAGACAGGCGCAAUGGGAACCUGGGAGGGGAGGAGUUGGCCGUGCUGGAACGACUGCAGGCACUAGCCAGGAGGUGUGGAGAAGGAGGGGUGGAGGGGGGAAAGACCCUUGGACGGGCGUUCCAGGAGGAGGAGGAGGAGCUGAAUGCGGCCAAAAUGAACGUGCAGCUGAAGGAGGUGUUCGCAGGGCGUUUUGCCGUCAUUUUCGGGAGGUACGAAGAGUUUGUGAUCCACAGCGCUCCCGACCUGGAGUCCUGGCUAGGCAACCGUGACGGAACGAGCAACUUUGAUAAGGGCUCCUUCCUGUCGGCGCAGCCUGCCCCGCACCUGCACUUCCUGUCCUGGUUCCUGGAGACGGCCAUGUUCUCAUCAUUCUUGGACAGCAAGGUGUUGUCUCGCUGGGCCGACCAGGAGCCGCUGCAGCGUGUGUUCGACGGCCGCCUGGAGAGGGAGCACCUCUACGACACGUUUGAGGAUGACCCCGGCAACCGUCGCUACAGGAAGUGCAGCGUGCUCCACAAGUCAGCCCAGGCCAUGGAACGCAGGCUGCUGAAGGUUGACCACACGGCCAUCCACCCCCACCUGUUGGACAUGAGGAUCGGCCAGGGUCGACACCAACAGGGCUGCUUCCCCAGGCUGCAGGCUGAUGUACUGGCACAGGGACAUAACACCAAUAAGUGGUCAAGCCGUAACACUCGCAGGAGCGACAUUAAGAGACCAGUGACCAAUGACACGACUUCAGGACUGGGCAAUGACCAGAGAGAGAAGUAUUCCCCGGGGAGGAGGAGCCUACACCAGUCCAAGCUUCUUGACCCCUCCCCCUCAGCUGUCACUCAAAUCCAGCGGGGGUUCGUGGAGGGGCUCCUGAGUGAAUGUCGCCUGAAGACCAGGCGUAUGUUGAUGGAGAGGAUGGGGAAGGAGAGUGUAGAGCUGGGUCAGGGUGAGGCCAGCAUCACGGGCCUGCAGGAGAACACACUGAUCCACAGCCUCUGUGACCUGCUGGAGAGGACCUGGGGCCACGGGCUGCUGCUCAAACAGGGAAGGUCGGCUCUGUGGUCCCACCUGCUCCACUGCCAAGCCAAUGGGGAGAAGAUGGAGCCACCAUCACCUGCCGAGUCUCCAGUGUCCAAUGGGCUGGACAGCAUGAGGCUAGAGGAGGGGCUUGCACCCCCGAAGGGCUCCUUUGUACAGGAUAUGAGGUUUGUCCAGACUAUGAGUGAGGGUCUCAGUGAGGUGGGUCGGGCGCGGGCCUGGAUCCAUCUUUCCCUGGAGAAGAAAGUGCUCUCGCAACACCUCAAACUGCUGCUGGCCAACCAGAACCUAAUCAGGCAGCUGUACAAGCCCCACGCGUUCCUACUGUGUGAGGAGGAGAGGGAGCAGUUCCUGUUCCACCUGCUGUCCCUCAACACUGUGGACUACCUCUGCUUCACACGCACAUUCACCUCCAUCAGCAUUCCAUACCGUGUUGUCAUAACGCCCAUGAAGAAGCUGAGCAUUGCCAUGACAAUGUCCAACCCCUGGGUGUGUGUGUCUGGAGAGCUGGGUGACUCUGGGGUCAGGCAGAUCCCCAAGAACACACAGGAGAUCGUCUUCCAGUGCCAGAACCUGGGCAGGCUGAGCACCCUGCAGUUGGGGCAGGAGAACUCUGGACUACUGGCUAAGUGUCUGGUGGACUGUGUGAUUGUGCACAACGAGAUCACUGGACACACCUACAGGUUUCCGUGUGGCCGCUGGCUGGGGAAGGGUGUGGGUGACGGCAGCCUGGAGAGGGUGCUGAUUGGUCAGCUGGUGUCUCCCAGAGGAGAGGAGGAGUCUGGGAGGUGGACGGGGACACCCCCGGAGCAGGGUUCACCCCCUCAGAGUGGACACAUGGGGUCACUGGGGCGCCGCAACAGUAACAACAGACUGUCUUCUGUCCAGGUGCAGGAGGAAAUGAGGGAGGCAGUAAACAACCUCGUCAAGCACUUCCACAAAGCAGAGCAGGAGAGGGGGAACCUGACUGCUCUGCUGUGUGGAGAGGAGGGGCUGGUGCGCUCCCUGGAACAGUUCCUCCUGCAUGGCUUCAAGUCCUCCCGCUUAUUCCAAAGGAGUGUGUUCAUAUGGGACUUUGUGGAGAAGGUGGUGGUUUCCAUUGAGACGGCGGAUCAAAUGGGUGACUUGCGGGGGUCAACGGAACUAUGUGACUCUCUGUGUCACUAUGCCAACGCCAUCAACGCCUCACCGCGGAACAUCGGCAAGGAGGGCAAGUUCCAGCUGCUGGUCUGCUUGGGAGUCAGGGACCAGCUGCUGCCCCAGUGGCUCCCCUUGUUGGCCGAGUCCCACCUGACGGCACGUCUCUACGAGGAGUCGGCUUUGGUCCAGGACCACGCGGCCGUCAACUCCCUCUCUCGCAUCCUCCAUACCCUCCACGAGUUCCCCAUCACCCUGGAGACGGCCCUCAUUAAGGGGGUUGACCUUUAACCCCACUGCCGCUGAGGACACUGGGAUAUGGAGUUUUACCCCUAUUCACAUAAUGCACAACGUACACAGGGUAGCAGGACCUCAACAGAGUCGAGUGACUGCUAGGGCUGGCACAAUUACCGUAUAACCGCUUAACUGACGGUUAUGGAUGAAGACUGUCAUGAAAAUAAAAUCAUCUUCAUAACCAUUGAAA